UCCGAACUCCCCGCUCCUCGUUUGAAUGUGUCGGAGCCGGAAACGACUGGUUCUGCGCAGGCGCAGAGGACCGCUCUCGCGGGCGCGAGGUAUCGCGCGAAGUCAUAGGCACGCGCUUCCGCCAUUGUGCUAGUGGGUUGUCCAGUGCCUGGGUGCAGCGCGCGCGGCCGGAGCCAUGUUCCUCACCGCCGUCCUCUGCCGCGGUCACAUCCCAGGCCGACAGUGGAUCGGGAAGCACCGGCGGCCGCGGUUCGUUUCUGAGCAGGCGAAGCGGAACAUGAUCCGCCGCCUCGAGGUGGAGGCGGAGAACCACUACUGGCUGAGCAUGCCGUACAUGACCGCCGAGCAGGAGCACGGCCACGCCGCCGAGCGCAGGGCGCGGGCCUUCGAAGCCAUCAAGGCGGCCCGUGCGGCCAAGUUCCCCCCGCAUAGGUUCGCAGCGGACCAGCUCGAGCAUCUCAACGUCACCCGCAAGUGGGCCUGACCCCGAGCCUCGCCCUUCGCCUGGAUAGACAGCUGGCCCCGGAACUCUCAAGUAUCUGUGAAGUUGUGAAUAUUUAGACUAUGUUUUACUGAAACAAGCAGUCCUCAUAGGGUACCUGUGUGUAGACUGUCUGGGACAGUGGAGCGCGUGAGCAGUGAUUUGUUGGGUUUCGUAUGUCUGCAGCUUGAUUAAGAUAUCAGGGAUUUCCUGGAGGUAUAAAUGAUAUAAAGGUGUCUUGAAUGAAACUUGCAAUGAAA